UGCUUUUUCUUCCUUGGAAAUAGCACUUCUCUAACCCCUACAAACCAAAACCCAGAGAUUGUAGGAAAAAUUGCAACUUCGCACUUCGCAAGUGCCCGCUUCCUCAUCAAUGGCGUGUGUAGUAUCCAUUAGCUUCUCUACGCCUCUCUGUGCCCGAAAAUUCUUACUCCAGGAAUUACAACUGAGGAAAGUACCCCUGGCUGGACUUUCAAGCCAAGCAACCAUCAGAACAGCAACCAACCUUCUUGCAUUCUACCAUUCAAAUAGAGAUAUAUUUUCUGUGAGGAGCUGCCGUGGAUAUUUAACUUCUUUAGAUCAUUUUGGUGAACUUUUUCCUCUUUGUACGAUUGUUUGCCUUAAUUGAAUCAGAGUCAAUGUUGCCGGUGUGUGAACAGACGGUCACCAAGAAGCAAUAUGGUGCCCGCAGGUUAUGAAGUUCGAUGCCGCGAUUCAGUGGUUGGAGCUUAUGGAAGCAGCACUCAUGGAAAUAAUUCUAUAUAGAGAAAACCAUCACUUUAUAGCACUGCAUUGAUGCAGUUAGUCUUGGAGUUGGCAGGUUACCACAUUCAUUCAUCAUGUUAUGCCUCAUUGGAAUAGUACGGGUUGGAAUGUUUUGAGGGUUUCAGCUUUUGUCUCUCGUAGUGUCACUCAUUUUAUUGGGGAACAAUUUUAGUGGGACUUGCAUCUCUUUUCUAUAAUUGUAAACAUACCUCAGAUUCCAUCUUGUGUACAGACUGAGUUUUAGUGGGACUUCCUUUCAUCUCUUUUGUAUUAA